AUGCAACAAGCAGUUCAAUUUCAACUUUCUGUUCAAAAAUCUCUCGUCCCCGGAGACGUCAUUCUUUCAAACCACUCCGAAGCAGGAGGAAGUCAUUUGCCAGAUUUAACGGUCAUUACUCCAGUUUUUAUCGAUUCAGAUAACAAGCCAAGCUUUUUCAUUGCCAACAGAGGUCACCAUGCUGAUAUUGGUGGGCUUACUCCAGGUUCUAUGCCGCCAAUGUCGACGAGUAUUAAUGAAGAAGGCGCGAUUUUUAGGUCCUUCAAAAUCGUCUCAGCUGGCGACUUCCAAGAGUCUGCCCUGAUCGCCCACCUCAACGAGCCCGCAAAACACCCAGGCUGCACCGGAACACAAAAUCUAUCCGACAACCUGGCCGACCUUCACGCUCAAAUUGCCGCCAAUGUCCGUGGCAGUCAACUUGUAAAGGAACUCAUCGAAGAAUACUCUUUCCCGAGAGUGUUGAAGUACAUGAAUUAG